AACUUGAAAAUUAGAGUGACGUCACGGACGUCGUGUAUAGUACGUACGUCAUCACGUUGCGCUGAUUAAAAAAAAUAUAAACAACGAUCUAAAGAGUGCGAAACCAUCCUAUAAAGUUAAUUUGGAUUGCAGUGAAUAACAUUUAUUGUGGAAUAAUAGUGAAGUGCGGAGAUUACUGAGUAAAUACCAAAAUAAUCUUCGCGUUCAAUCGUUACGAUAAUCGUGUACCCACAACUAAAAUUAUUUGUGUAAAGCGAGUAAUAAAAGCCAAAAUAAACAUAACAUUUAUAUUUAUAUAGAAAUACAAAAACUGUAAACAAAAUAUUACAAACUAUUUACAAAAAAACGACACCUGUUGAAGUUGUUGUGAACUAUCAUAAAUUGAUCGAUACCUACAUAGCAAUGGCCGUGAAGUGCAAUGCGUGUUUUAAAUACAUGUCGGUAAAAGAGGGUGUUGUUUGUCCCCGCUGUAAAGAGGCAAAUCAUAGGGCAUGCGUAAACAUCCCAAAUGACGCCCAGAUUCAUAGCUCCUGGUUGUGUCCAAAAUGUAAGGCUGCGUUACCGACAAACAAUGAAAAUAGCACUCCCUUGCGAGGAGCCGGCAUUACGUAUGUUUUGGACGACUCAUUGGCGGAAUCGUCUGCCACCCAGCCAGCCAGCAUGGAGCUGUGUAGCUCUGCUGGCACCGCCCCCCCUAGCAUCAUCGCACCGGAGUACAGGGAGCCCGAGCCUGACUUAUCUACCGAAUUGCGUCAGUUCUGUGCGGAGAUGCGACAGACUCGGGAGGAGUUCCGCGCCUUCCGUCAGGAGAUGCUAGAAAUGCGAGCCCUAGUGUCUUCCUGCGAUGCGCGCCUCACCAAGCUGGAGGCGAGAGUCGUCGAGUUGGAGCAGCGCGCAACCGGUGGCAGUGAGGUUGGCCACGGGGACGUCAUUUGCAUGCUGGAGGCGACAGUCGCUCAGCUGCAGCAGGAUCUCGAUGAUCGUGACCAGGAGAUGCUUCAAAACGACAUUGAAAUCUCUGGCGUGCCGGAGGAGAGCGGAGAAAACGUCACCCACUUGGUUGCGGCGUGUGCCGCGAAGCUGGGUAUGACGGUCGAUGAUCGCGAGAUUGUCAGCUGCAUGCGGGUGGGAGGGGUGCGCGCGGAUAGCGGAGGCGUCCCUCGCCCGCGCAACAUCGCUGUGCGACUCGCGCGCCGCACAGCGCGCGACCAGUUCUUGCGUGCCGCACGUGUGCGCCGCACCCUCACCACGGAAGGAAUGGGACUUCGCAGCGAACCUCGUCGAGUAUAUGUCAACGAGCGUCUAACGAAACGCAACCGCUCUUUAUUCGGCCGGGCACGAAUGUUAGCCAGCGGCCUAAAUUGGCGGUUUGUAUGGACGCGGGACGGCAGAAUCUUUACUCGUCGAGACCAAGGGGACCCUGUAAAUCGGAUUAGAUCAGAAAAGGAUCUCGACAGUGUUUUUGGGUCAGCACAAGUUCGUCCCGCUCCCGCAGCUGCCGGGAGAAAUAUACCAGUUGCUGCUGUCUAA